UCAACUGGUAUUUUUAAUUCCAAUGUCAUAAACAGCUGUUGUGCGUCAGUGAUUUAACUAUUGCCUAGCGUGUGGUUUACGUACCAACCAGUAUCAACAAAAUUAUAUCGUGUUUACAACGAUCAGCAACUAAUGUAUUCACAUACGCCAUUUACGCAUUGCGCCACUUAGCAUUAGCAGCCAUGGAGGGAUCUAUGAGCCAAAUUCCCGUCUUUGUGUUCCCGAACGCGUUGAAAUUUUACCUGGGUGCCAGACAUACACACAAGCAGCUUCUCACUCUCUACAAUCCAUAUGAUUUUCCAGUCAGAUUCAAAGUUUUGUCCACAGCUCCCAACAAGUAUUCGGUGAUAGAUCCUGAUGGGAGCAUAGGACCUAGAGCUUGUGUGGAUAUUGUUGUCAGGCAUACAGUGCCCAUACUUUCAAACUGCAAUGUCUCUGAUAAAUUUAGAAUAUCUAUGCAGGACCAUAGUACAAAGAAGGUGCUAGGCAAACGUGAUAUUGAAGCUAGAUUGUUGCAAGGUGAGCCAGACAAUAUUUCAAAUGAUGGUGAUUUUCAAGCUUUAGGCAUUGGUGACAAGCACCCAGAAGAUCAAAGGACUACUCCUUAUCCAAUGCAUAGUUAUAGGACGCCAUAUCAUCAAAAUAAUACUUUAAUAUACAUGUCAGUUCUUGCAAUGGCGAUUUGCAGUAUCGCCUUACUGUGGCCAACACAAUCAGAUCCCCUAGUUGAAAAUUACUUCAUUCCAAAGUAUCUCUACAUAACGAAUACCAUCAAACUGGUCUUUGCUUACGUGCUCGGCAUUGUGACAAUGGUAAUAUUAAAGCAAUGAUCAGCAAAUAAUUUUAAAUGUAGGUUAAUGAAUGGAUUUUUAUCAAUUGGAACGUUCUUAAAUUUAUGAUUUACCAAAAGGUUGGUAAGCAAUAAGAAAUUUAUAAAUAAAUUAUGUGUAACUAUAUAUUUUACAAUAUAGUCAUGUAAGUUACCAUGUAUGUAUAAAGGUAUAAUAUUAUUUGUCUUUGUAAAUUUAUUUUACUUAAUAUUUACAGAUUAAAUGAUUUUAUACAUGUGA